AGCCUGCGUUUACAUAGUAGUUACAUGUUAUCCACGAAUUAAAAUAAUAUACUGGAAAGUGGAUACCACGAUUAUCAUGCGUUAUCAUACAAAUUCGGUGUAAUAGAACGUCGUAACUUUGAAUGUUCGAGGCAAACAAAUUAGUGAAUGCAACCCGACCAGCUUCAUAUCGUAUUGAUAUAAUAUUCGGCUUUAUAACCUCAAAAAUAUAUAACUUAAAUGAUUGGUUGUUUUUGUUAAUUAUUUAUAUUGUUGUUUGUUUAUUAAUCUGAAGAGUCGUUGAACGUUGAAUACUGGAUUCAGUAUUCAGUGGAUUCUGAAUUUUUGAGCUUUUGACAGUUACAGCUAAUAAAUUAUGGCUAGAGCGUUGAAUAAUUAACUUUUUUUAAAUUUUAAUAUAAAAUACACUGUAAAUGUAUAUAUUAUCGUUAACACAUUAUUGAAUUACUGAUUACUAGAUAGUUUGAUUAAUAAUAAAUACAAAAAUCAUUUUAGUUAUUUAAUUAGAAAAUAUUUUUAAAUAGGUAACAUAAUCAAUUUAUAACCAUUUUUAACGAUAAUAAUUUCUAUAAUUCAAUAAGUUAUUAAGUAAUUAUAUAAGGUUUUUUACACCAACCGAGUAAAAUAUGAUUGGCGAGUCAAGAUCAGAGUUUAGACUUAAAAACCCACCAGAAGACGGAAUAUCAUCUGUAAAGUUUGGACCUAGUUCAUCUCAGUUUUUGUUGGUAUCGUCUUGGGACUGUUCAGUUCGGCUUUAUGAUGUCCAAGCAAACAGCAUGCGUACUAAGUAUACACAUGAUCGCCCAGUAUUGGAUGUUAGCUUUCAGGAUGCAGUUCAUUCAUUCAGUGGGGGUCUAGAUAACAAGUUGAAAAUGUAUGAUUUGAAUAGUAAUUCGGAAAGUGUCCUUGGCUCACAUGAUAAUGCGGUACGCUGUGUUGAGUUUUCUAAUGAAGUAAAUGUAGUUUUAUCUGGUGGCUGGGAUGGCAAUGUUAAAAUGUGGGACACAAGAUCAUCUCAAUGUGUUGGAACCCUCCCUCAACCUGAUAAAGUUUUCACUAUGAGCAAUGUAGGUGAAAAACUUGUAGUUGGCACUGCUGGACGUAAAGUAUUUGUUUGGGACUUAAGAAACACAGCAUAUAUAAUGCAAAGGAGAGAAUCAAACUUAAAGUUUCAAACGAGGUGUAUACGUUGCUCACCUAAUAAACAAGGUUAUGUAUUAAGUAGUAUCGAGGGACGUGUAGCUGUUGAAUAUUUUGAUACAGCUCCGGAAAUUCAGAAGAAAAAAUAUGCAUUUAAGUGUCACAGAAUUAAAGAUAAUGAUAUUGAAUGCAUUUACCCGGUCAAUGCUAUAAGUUUUCAUCAAGUAUUUAAUACGUUUGCAACGGGUGGUUCAGAUGGAUAUGUAAAUAUUUGGGAUGGAUUUAAUAAAAAAAGAUUGUGCCAAUUCCAUCGUUACAAUACAGGAAUUACAUCUCUUUGCUUUAGUCAUGAUGGUUCAUCAUUGGCUAUUGGCAGUUCCUACAUGUAUGAACAAGACGUACAUCCAGAUCCAAUACCUGAAAAUAAUGUUUAUAUUAGAUAUGUUACUGAUCAAGAAACUAAACCAAAAUAAACAUUAUUUCAUAAAUACCUAA